UUUCUUGCAUUUUAGCAAUUUUUUGAAGAUCCUGCAUUUCGCAGUGAUGGUUUAAAAAUAUACCCCACACUAGUGAUUAGAGGAACUGGACUUUAUGAACUGUGGAAAACAGGCCGCUACAAAAGUUAUCCUCCCAGUGUUUUGAUUGAUUUGAUUGCAAAAAUAUUGUCACUUGUACCUCCAUGGACUAGAGUAUACAGAGUUCAAAGAGAUAUUCCAAUGCCUCUUGUUAGUUCUGGUGUUGAGCAUGGAAAUUUAAGAGAACUUGCAUUAGCAAGAAUGAAAGAUCUUGGACUUCAGUGUAGAGAUGUGAGAACACGUGAAGUUGGAAUUCAAGAAAUUCAUAAUAAAGUUAGGCCUUAUGAGGUUCAGUUGAUACGAAGAGAUUAUGUUGCUAAUGGUGGUUGGGAAACAUUUUUGUCGUAUGAAGAUCCCGAACAAGAUAUACUUGUGGGGCUGCUAAGAUUGCGAAAAUGUUCUGAGGAUACAUUUCGUCCAGAGUUAAAAGAUGGUGUAUCAAUAGUCAGAGAACUUCAUGUCUAUGGCAGUGUUGUGCCGGUUAGUGCAAGAGAUCCCACAAAAUUUCAACAUCAGGGGUUUGGAACUCUUUUGAUGGAAGAAGCUGAAAAAAUUGCUUUAGAAGAACAUGGUUCAUAUAAAAUAGCCGUCAUAUCUGGUGUUCGGAACAAGGAAUUACUACAGAAAGCUUGGAUAUGAAUUAGAAGGUCCUUAUAUGUGUAAACUAUUAUAUGUGAAUACUUGAAAAUGCCACAUAUUGUAUUUUGUAAAUAAAAUUUAUUGUUAUAAAUGCCA